GUAAUCUUUGAUGGUGAAGAAGCAGUAGAUGCUGGUGGUGUGACAAAGGAAUUCUUUCUUUUGCUAUUAAAAGAACUUCUGAAUCCCAUCUAUGGAAUGUUUACCUACUAUCAAGAUUCCAGUCUCUUGUGGUUUUCAGAUACAUGUUUUGUAGAGCACAACUGGUUUCACUUGAUUGGCAUAACCUGUGGCCUAGCCAUCUACAACUCCACGGUGGUUGACCUCCACUUCCCCCUGGCUCUCUACAAGAAGCUGCUGAAUGUCAAGCCUGGUUUGGAAGACUUAAAGGAACUGUCACCCACUGAAGGAAGGAGUCUUCAAGAGCUUUUAGAUUAUCCUGGAGAGGAUGUAGAGGAGACUUUCUGCCUCAACUUCACGAUCUGCCGAGAAAGCUAUGGAGUGAUAGAACAGAAAAAGCUGAUACCAGGAGGAGACAAAGUGACUGUGUGCAAGGAUAACAGGCAGGAGUUUGUGGAUGCUUAUGUGAAUUAUGUCUUCCAAAUCUCAGUUCACGAGUGGUAUACAGCCUUCUCCAGCGGCUUCCUGAAAGUGUGUGGCGGCAAAGUCCUUGAGCUCUUCCAACCUUCAGAGCUCAGGGCCAUGAUGGUGGGGAAUAGCAACUACAACUGGAAAGAACUGGAAGAGACUGCCAUCUACAAGGGUGAUUAUUCAGCCACACAUCCCACUGUGAAACUCUUUUGGGAAACAUUUCAUGAGUUUCCAUUGGAAAAGAAGAAGAAGUUUCUCUUGUUCCUGACUGGCAGUGACCGGAUCCCCAUCUACGGCAUGGCCAGCCUACAGAUCGCCAUCCAGUCCACAGCCAGCGGGGAGGAGUACUUGCCUGUGGCCCACACUUGCUACAACCUGCUGGACCUCCCCAAGUACAGCAGCAAGGAGAUUCUGAGUGCACGCCUGACCCAGGCCCUUGACAACUAUGAAGGGUUUAGUCUGGCCUGAGGCUCCCCAGCUUGUCCUCGGUUUCCCUUCCUUCCUCAGUGUCACAUUGAGGCCUGUACAGAGAACCAUAGGGGCGUGAUUUCUAUUUUUUUAUUGUGUAAGUGGGUUGGGACUUUUGAAUCCUGAACCUGGUUGAUGUGUUUCUGGGAUUGUAAAGCGGUCAACCUUUUUGAAAAAUUAGGGGCUGGAGAUGGGGUGAAAAAUUGGCUCUUGUCUGGAGGCGGUUUUGUUUUUGUUUGUCUUGCUUUUGUUUUAAACCAAACUCCCCAGCAUUCUUAUAACAUGUGAAUGUGUUACAUUCUGCUGGUUAAAAUGACAGUGGGUUUUUGAAUUUUCAUUUUCCUAGAUGUCUCUCUUGGUCUCCCUCCUUUCUCACAGUGUCCUUCUCCUAACUUCUCACUCCUCUGGAAUAAUGGUUCUGACGGCUCUGUCCUCUCUCCCUUGCGCUCGUGGAACACCUGCUUCCUCUGCAGCCCCGGCCACAGCCCUGGCUUGUGGCAGCCCUGUAACCCGAAGGAGGAAGGCCCGACUUCAAAGACUCCCAACUCUGAAAACUGUGUCUGGGUCCAUUACUCUGGCAGAAGUCUUGAGAAUUUAUGGGAGACUUUGUGAACAUAUCUUGCUUAAAGAAAAAUUCUUGGGGGAGCAACAGCCUUGCCUUGGCUGUGCCUGUUUCCUAGACCUCAUGAAAGAUGUGCAGAGCAGCUCAGAGUUGCAGCUGAGCUUCCUUUACACGGUGGUUCAGCUCCGCCCCUUCCGUUACCACUAAUUAUUUUCAAUCUCUAUAUUCUCCAAGAGAGGUAGACAUAAUCCGUUUCUUGUCCCUUCCUCUGUCACUGUAUGUCCUCUACCACUUUUCUUUCUGCCGCCUCUCUUCCUGCCUGGCUUCCUCCCAAAGUCACGUUCCUGUCUUCACUUCCCCCCACGUCCCCCUACAGCCCUUCCUCUCCCCUUCUCUGUCUCUGUUACUUGAUACGAUGCUCCCUCCUUGCUGCUCCUUCUAGUGGAUGCAUGCAGUCUUUUUUUUUUUUUUUUUACUCAGAUUUUUUUUUCUCUUCUCUGAUUGAUAAGACUUAAGGACUUUAUUAUGGGACUUUGUUUAUCACAAUUGAAAUGUUUGUUUACAGUGGGAUUUCGGGGGAUGGUGUUUAAAUCAAAUACAUGUAUCUCAAAAAUAAUGACAUGCUCAACCUUCCUCAUCAUGGGUAAGAUAAUUUGACAUGAUUAAAGAAUCCAUGUAAGCCUAAUUUUAAAUUCCUAGUAACUAGAGAAAAGACUUAUUUAUAUAAAAUGAAGUAUUUAUGAACCGUGAUACAGCAUCAACUUCAAAUGAAGGAUUGUAGAUUUUUGCUUUUCUUUUUGUUUUUAAAACUAAUUCCAGUUGCUAAAUUGGUAGUUUUUCAGUCUUUAUAAAUACAAGAUAAAAAAAGAUAUACAGUUAUAUGAAAUGUUUAUUUUCUAUGUGUGUGCAUAUAGUCAAUAUUAUGCAAUAAAUUUGGUGUUUUAACUUAAAA